AUGGACAAAUCAAACACUACCCACAUGGAGGUCUCGACCUUCCCCGACUCACACGUCGUCGACUCAUACGCUGUCGACAGCAAAGAUGAGCAAGUCACCGUCAUUGGUACCAUGGGUCAAGAUCCCAACCACAAAUCACAUGUAUCAUGGAGAGCUUGGGCUAUUGUAGGAAUUUGCGCUCUGGCUACAUUUCAGAACACAUACUUUGGCAUUGCCCCCGCUGCAAACCAAUAUGCCAUCUCAGGAGCUUUGCAAGGAACUGCAAGUGAGAGAAUUUGGAUCGUCCAGGCUGGAGCAGUACCUGCUAUCGCGUUUGGUCCGAUCUUCGCCAUCAUCUCCGAUGUAUACGGCCGCAGAAACAUGCUUCUCUUCGCUUGGACACUCUUCGCUGUUGGCUCUAUUGUCUCCAUGACUGCCAAUGGUAUGACUGCCGUUAUCGCUGGUCAAGUCCUUUCCGGUGUCGCAUCUGGUAUCUCUGGUAUCAUGUUUGCGGUCGCUUCUGAAGUCAUUCCGGGAGCCUACCGCGCUUAUGGUCAAACUAUCGUCAGUUGGGUCUCAGGACUAUCAUCUCUCGUCGCUCUUCUCCCCAUUGGAGCCGCCACCACUGCUGACCCCGUCAAUGGGUGGAGAUGGGUAUUCCGCAUCAAGUUCAUUCUUGAGUGUCUUGUUGUCAUUGGCAUUGCCGCACUUUACUUCCCUCCUCCCCGUACCGCUGCUAGCAAGCAAUCACUUGGUCAGAAGCUCAAGGCUCUUGAUUGGAUUGGUUACGUUCUGCUUCUUGGAGCUCUCGUUCCUUUCUUGAUGGGCUUCGCCUGGAGUGGAGACUCAAACUACGGUUGGGCAAGCAAAACUCACACUGUUGUACCUGUCGUAGUUGGUGGUGUUUUGUUCAUUGUCUGCUUGAUCUAUGAGUGGAAGGGCACAAAGACUGGCUUCCUCGAUCACCGCCUCUUCCAAAACGGCCGCAACUUCCCUCUUUGUAUGGUUCUCAUCGCCGUCGAGGGUUCUCUCUUCUAUCUCAUGAACAACAUCUACCCCUCUCAGGUCAAUGGUAUCUGGGAGCAGCCUGGAACUAUCAAGGCUAACGCCUACCUUCUACCUUUCUUCAUGGUCAUCACCGUCGUCUCGCCUUUCCUCUCCAUCUAUGUCACCAAGUACAGAGAUGUCAAGUGGCCUAUCUUCAUCGGUUUUGUCUCCUUCAGUGCCUCCGUUAUUGGUCUUGCACUUUCUGGAACUAAUGGAAAGCUCGGUCUUGCCUUUAACGGUAUCGGUGGCCUUGGUUUCGCUCCCGUCUUGAUCUUGAUCAUGGUUUGGGUUCAGAACUCUACUCCUCCUCUCUUCAUCGGUACCGCUUCUGCCCUCACCAUCUCCUCUCGUACACUUGGAGGCACCGUCGGUCUCGGUAUUGCGAAUGCCAUCUACGGCUCUCUCACCAACACUCAGAUUCCUGAGGCCAUCAUUGGUGCCGUUCUUCCUCUUGGAUUCAACCCAGCCAAUAUCGGUCAGCUCAUCGGAUUCUACUUCUCAGGCCAAGGUCUUGACAAGAUUCCCGGCAUCAACGGACAAAUUCUUGGUGCCGGCCUUGAAGCUCUCCACAAGACUGAGGCUCACGCUUACAAGAUUGUUUGGCUUUCUUUCCUUCCCGGCUGUAUCAUCGCCGCUGGUAUCUGUCUGUUCAUGCGCAACUCUAGUGAGAGAAUGAACUGGGUUGUUGAUGCUCCUCUUGAUACCAAGGAGGCUCAAUUCGCCGAGGUUCACCCUCCAACCAUGGACGACACGAUUGAGGUGGAGUUGACCGAGCGCAGAUGA